AUGACUAAUGGACAACCAAACCAUCGUAAUCAUGCUUCUAGCUCGAGCGGAUCUACUAAAGCUGAAAAACGAAAAGAGUAUCACAAAAGAUACUAUGCUGCACGCAAAGAAAAUAACAAAGUAUCUAAAUUUGGGAGUGGUGAUGGCUCCCAAAGUGCUUCAUCAAUAUCUUUAAUGAGUAAUAGGUCAACAGAAAGGACGCCGUUAAGAAGUUUACAAAGUAAUAUUACUCAAUUUACACAAACAACAAAUGAGAACGCCUCAAGUGUUUCUACUAUAAAACGCAAGGAGUACAAUAAAGGAUGUUCUAAUACACGAAACGAUAAUGGAAUGCGUAUUUCAAAUGGCAGUCAAGUCAACCAAACCCCGAUAGAUGAUGUUACGCCGACAACCACAUUCCCAUCUGUAAUUGACGAAGCUAGGCAUAGAACAUCACCAGGUUUUCGAAUUCAUCCGCGUACUUUAUUACCCCAAUUUGCUGAAGUAAUUGAUCAACCUUCCUUCCAAGAUGGGAGCGUGCAAGAUGAUCCUUAUAAUUUUGUUUACAAUGGUGUACCUGGAGAGCAUCGUGUUUUAAAGGAACGAGGUGCAUGUCCUAAUUGUGGAGCAAAACGAUUUCAGUAUGAAUUUGAUACCUUUUGUUGUAUGAGUGGGAAAACUGUGUUAGCAAACUUAGAAAUUCCAGAGGAAUUGUACCGACUUUUCACGUCUCAAGAUGAAAUUGGAGAUAUGUUUAGGCAAAACAUUCGUGCUUAUAACACCAAUUUUUCUUUUGCCUCAAUGGGUGUGACAUUGGAUGAUACAUUGAACAAUAUGAGAGACGGCGUAUAUACUUUUCGUGCACAUAAAGGAAUAUAUCACAGAAUCGACCAAUUAGUUCCGAGGGAUGGGACCCCUAGGUACUUGCAGUUGUAUUUUUACGAUCCAGAUACUGAGUUAGAUCACAGACUCCGAUGGCCAAAUCUUGAUCGGCGACCCCUGGACAACUAUAGAGUCACUUUGAAUACUUCGGUUGAACUUGACCAAAGGGUGUACAACCGACCAACGACAUCGGAGGUUGCUGGUAUUUGGGUUGAAGGUAAUGACAAUAUCACUUCAUAUAAACGAAGUAUUGUUGUGUACGGUAGGUCUGAAUAUAGUCAAACUAUUCAUCCGUACUUCAGCUGUUACGAUCCAUUGUCGUAUCCUCUAUUUUUUCCUAAUGGUGAGUCAGGUUGGCAUGGUAACAUACCACGUCAAGGAGUAUCAAUCAAUGAGGUUCGCAACAAUGACAACAUCGAAGGAGAAAUGGAAGAGGCAAACACACGAAGUGGUAGAACAACCGUGGCUAUGCGAGAGUACUACUGUUACAAGUUCCAGAUUCGAUCUACCGAUAAUCUGCUUUUGUUCGGUGGUAGGCUGCUACAGCAGUUUGUGGUUGAUGUUUACAUCAAAAUUGAGACGUCACGCUUAGAAUUUUGUGAGAGAAACCAGGCUAAGAUUUGGGCCGAAUUGUACCAAGGUAUUGUGGAUUGCGUCAAUACUGGUGAGGUUCAUGCAAACAGAGUCGGGAAAAGAAUUGUGUUGCCUGCAUCUUUCAUCGGGGGGCCUCGCGACAUGCGUCAUCGGUUUCUAGACGCGAUGACGUUAGUUCAAGAUGACGGCAAGCCUGAUGUAUUCCUUACAAUGACAUGUAAUCCUAAGUGGCCUGAGAUAUGUGAUAACUUACAUGUUGGUCAAACUGCUACAGAUCGUCCAGACCUUGUUUCAAGAGUGUUCUGGGCUAAAUUAGAAGAUCUUAAGGAUCAACUCUUCAAGAAACAUGUCCUCGGGGAAGUUAAGGCAUACGUCUAUGUCAUUGAAUUUCAAAAGCGGGGUUUGCCGCACGCACAUUUUCUCCUAAUCAUGUACCCGCAACACAAGAUCAAUAACGCGGACCAUUAUGAUAAGGUUGUGUGUACUGAAAUUCCUAACAAACUAACACAUCCCAGAUUGCAUGAGAUGGUUGUCAAGCACAUGAUUCACGGUCCUUGCGGCAAUUUACGAUCAAGCAGUCCUUGUAUGCAGGGUGAUCCUAAAAUUUGUCGUUUUCACUAUCCUAGACAAUUUAACGAACAGACGACACAAGGAGAAGAUUCGUAUCCGUUGUAUCGAAGGAGAGACACCGGGAUAGAAGUGGACCUACGAGGACAAACACUUGAUAACAGAUGGGUGGUCCCAUAUAACCCAAGGCUUUUGAUGAUGUUUAACUGCCACAUGAAUGUUGAAGUUUGCUCAAGUAUAAAAUCUGUGAAAUAUCUUUUCAAAUAUGUUUAUAAAGGACAUGACAAACAGGUUAUUCAAGUCGAUCAAAGUGAGCCAGGGGUUGUUAUUAAUGAGAUAAAAAGAUUUCAAGAUGCACGCUACAUAUCGCCCCCAGAGGCUAUGUGGCGCAUUUUUUCCUUCUCUCUUUCUCAAAUCUUUCCUGCUGUUCUAGCCUUACAACUUCAUCUCCCAAAUAAUCAGAUGGUUAGAUUUAGAGAUGAUGAGUUGAUGCCUAAUAUUGUUGAUAGGGAAAGGGAUAAGAGAACCAUGCUAACAGCAUUUUUUGAGAUAAAUAGAAAUGAUGAAACAGCAAGGGUACAUUUGUAUAAAGAUUUUCCAAAACACUUUACGUGGAAUGGAAGCACACGCCGUUGGAGUCGUCGUUUCGGUAAAAAACAAAGAGGUCGUAUCGUUUCCGCUAAUCCAGCCGAAGGAGAAAGGUACUACUUACGCCUACUUUUGUCAAAUGUUAGAGGGCCUACUUCUUUUGAACAUCUUUGCACAGUUAAUGGUCAACAGUGUGCGACAUUUCGGAAAGCAGCUCUUGAGUUAGGCUUAAUAGAAGACGAUGUAUAUCUAUCACAAUGUCUCGAAGAAGCCUCUACAUUUCAGUUUCCCAAUGCUCUUAGAAUGUUAUUUGCGACCAUAAUGAUUUUUUGCCAACCUGGAGAUAUUCGAAAGUUAUGGAAUGACCACUUUGAUUCAUUGUCUGAAGAUCAUCGGUUACACUGUCAAACUAUAGAACGAGUUCAAAAUAUGGUUCUUACCGAAAUUAGUGUCUUGGUACAAUCCAUGGGUAAAAAUUUCAAUGAGUUCGACCUUCCUAAGAUAAUAGACAAUGUUAACUUACAAGAUGCAGGUUAUCGUGAGUUACAAGAAGAGUAUGGGAUUGUUUUGGAACCUGAACACUUGAGUGCCAAAGAUUCACUUAAUUCGGACCAAAAAAACGUGUUUGAUGAGAUCAUGAUGCAUGUUGAUAAUGAUCUUCCAGGCGUAUUCUUUAUUGAUGGUCCAGGUGGAACUGGAAAAACAUUUUUGUACAUUGCCUUGCUAACUGAAAUUCGGUCACGUGGUCUUAUUGCCCUCGCAACAGCUUCAUCAGGUGCAGCGGCUCACUCGAGAUUCAAGAUUCCUCUUAAUCUUGAAAAUAAUUCAAUGUGCAAUAUCAAAAAACAGAGUGGGGCCGCUAAACUGAUUCGGUCUGCCAAAAUAAUCAUAUGGGAUGAAGCGUCGAUGGCUAAACGACAGGCGAUAGAGGCAGUCGAUCGUACAUUCCAAGACAUUAUAGGUGUUAGUCUCCCAUUUGGUGGAAAGAUAAUGGUUAUGGGAGGUGACUUCAGACAAGUGUUGCCGGUUAUUAAACGUGGCACUCGAGCACAAAUUGUAGACUCCAGCGUACGAAUGUCACCUCUUUGGUCUUUGACUAAGAAGAUGCGGUUGACCAUAAAUAUGAGAGCGCUAAAAGAUCCAUGGUUUUCUAAAUUUCUUUUAAGAGUCGGCGAUGGAACUGAAGAACCAAUCGAAGGAAACUAUAUCCGCAUACCUGAUGACAUGACAAUUCAGUGCAACAACAGAGAAAACGCUAUAAAAGAAUUGAUCCAUGCCAUCUUUCCAUCAAUUGAAGAUAAUGUAUAUUCUUCAGAUUAUAUAAUCUCUAGAGCAAUAUUGUCAACUAAAAAUGAUAGUGUUGACGAGAUUAAUAAUCAAAUGAUUGAAAUUUUUCAAGGGGAGGAAAAAGUUUAUUACAGUUUUGAUGAAGCUGAAGACGAUCAGCGCAACUUCUAUCCGGUCGAGUUCUUAAAUUCGCUAAAUGUUAGUGGUUUGCCGCCUCAUAAGCUUCGUUUAAAAAUUGGAUGCCCAAUAAUAUUGUUACGUAAUAUCGAUCCAUCACAUGGCCUGUGUAAUGGCACGCGGUUGAUAUGUAAGGGUUUCAUGCGAAAUGUUAUUGAUGCGGAAAUUGCAGUCGGUCAACAUGCCGGAAAAAGAGUUUUUUUGCCAAGAAUCCCUCUAACCCUUUCUGAAGAUGACAUGUUCCCAUUCAAGCUGAAAAGAAAACAAUUUCCAAUUCGACUUAGCUUUUCCAUGACGAUUAAUAAAGCUCAAGGUCAAACAAUUCCGAACGUUGGUAUUUAUCUACCGGAUUCUGUAUUUUCACAUGGACAACUUUAUGUCGCGUUAUCAAGAGGGAUUUCAAGACAAAGUACGAAGGUGUUGGUACAUCUCGCCAAAGAAUUCAAACAACGCGGAGUUUACACAUCAAAUGUUGUCUACCAGGAAGUGUUGCGUGAUUAA